AGCACACAACAAGUUAACUGACCUCACAGAGUUCUUUAGAGUUCCAGAGUCCUAGAGAGAUAUAUAUGGCUUCCUUUCCGAGACCCGGCCGCUCUAAUGAAAUCCAUGACAUGGCCUCACCUCAAAACCCCAUCACCUCAACACCUCCUCAGCCCAAAUCACUUGAAGAUCUCUUCCCACCCUUUCUCCUUAAGAAGGUCGUUGCCGAGAUGAUAGCCACAUUUCUUCUCGUAUUCGUGACCUGUGGCUCGGCAGCGCUGAGCAAAAGCGAUGGGCGCUUGAUCUCGCAGCUGGGGCAGUCGAUGGCGGGAGGGCUGAUCGUGACGGUGAUGAUAUACGCCGUCGGCCACAUCUCCGGUGCGCACAUGAACCCGGCCGUCACGUUGGCCUUCGCGGUGUUGAGGCAUUUCCCUUGGAUUCAGGUGCCCUUCUACUGGUCAGCUCAGAUCUCAGGGGCUUUACUUGCCUCGUUCAUCCUUGGCCAAUUGCUCCAUCCAAUUACCAAUCUUGGGACCACGACACCGUCGGGUACCCCAUAUCAGGCACUGGUGAUGGAGAUCGUUGUUACCUUCUGCAUGAUGUUUGUGACAUUGGCUGUAGCUACCGACACUAAAGCUGUAGGGGAAUUGGCAGGCUUAGCUGUUGGCUCGUCAGUUUGCAUAACUUCUAUCCUAGCGGGGCCGGUGUCGGGAGGAUCGAUGAACCCUGCGAGGACAUUAGGACCUGCGAUCGCAAGCAAGAACUACAAUUCGCUUUGGGUGUACUUUCUAGGCCCAGUGUUGGGCACACUAUCUGGGGGAUCUGCCUACACUUUCAUUCGUUUGACUGAUAAGCAGCCAUUAGAGGGGAGUCAAAAAUUAUCUUCUUUCAAGUUGCGCCGCUUGCAGAGCCAAGGAACACCUAAUUUCAACGAGGAUGUUCAAUUGGAAAAUGUUUGAUGGGAGGGUCUUCAAUCUUGGAGGCUUCGGCCCUUUGUAAUCUUGUGUACGUAGCAGGGUUUUACUAGCUUAUAUUAUUAGCUAGCAUAAGCAUUGCUGCUUGCGGCCGUGCCUCUUGGUGGGAUCUUUGUUAAGAAACCGCCUCUCCCUGGCAAACUAGUGUAAAAUGUCAUCAGCUUUCCUACGAUAUCUUUAAGAGAGUAACAACUCUCAUUUCACCUGCAGAAAUUCUACCUUCUACCUUCUUCA